GCCUUGCAUUAUUCAAGAAACUACUUAACUUAAUUUUAAAAUACAUCGACAAAUAAACUAAUUAUUUUCAUCGAAUAAUUCCUAAAAAACGCAAUAAUUGAAAAUGAGUUUUGGACUCCCUUCUCUUAAAGUUAAACCAGAAAAUGCUGGUAAUAUCAACAUCCAAGAAGGCCCCUUUGGGGUACCAAGCCCUAUGGUUGCUGGACUCGGAUCUACAAAAAAUAAAUUAGGCAUGUCACAUCCAUUGCAGGUGUCAGAAAAAAAUUAUCAUUUAAAUGAAGAAAAGAUGAAUAUGGCAAUGCUUCGCAACAUCCAAGGUCUUCAUGCUCCUAUGAAGCUUUCAAUGGAGAGAAAGUUUGCUAGCAAGGUUGGCCAUCUUCCCUUCCUACCCAGUUCAAACCUUCAGCAUGAUGUAUUCACGGGCAGAUAUUUAGACAUAGGUUUUGAAGACAUUCUCAACACCUCAGAAUUUUGUGAAGUCAGCGGACAACCUCAUGCUGUGAUUGAAAGAUCUUUAGGCAUACUUUAAAUGCGCUAUGAUGCUAUCUAAUAACAUCUUAUUCACUUAAGUUUUUAAAUAAAUAUUAGUAAAACACAAA